CCGCGGCGCUUCUUUUCGCUACAUAAUCUAGACAAGCAGGUGCGCGCCGGAUGAAAUGAAGCACGCGAUUUCUUCCGUAAUCCAUCAUCUCAAUCUUUGACACUUGACAUUGCCAAGCAUGGAGUUUUUGUAGCUUUUCGGUCCUCGGUUGCGUCUCGAUUGCGUGCCGAUCGGUUGUUCCCCGCACUCCGAUCGCUGUGACAGCCCAAGUUGACUGUGGCUCGCUCCCAAACUCGCCAGAACUACAAGUACAAUCGGCCGACCUUGGGCCGCGUCGUCCCCGCCUAUUUUCCGAAUCCAUUCACGCCCGUCCACGUCCGUCCACGCAACGCAAUCGCUCCACCGUCAAACUAUGCGCUUCCGAAAAGCAGCCCGAGUUAUUCUUGUAGGCGCGCCAGGAGUUGGGAAGGGGACGCAAUCGGAGCGGUUGCUGCAGAGGUUUCCACAGCUAUCCUCGAUCAGCUCCGGAGACCUGCUGCGGCACAAUGUCAAGCAACGCACACCUCUCGGAAUCAAGGUGGAGAGCACGAUGAAGGCCGGCGGUCUCGUCUCGGAUGACCUCAUCCUCCGACUCAUCAGCAACGAGCUCAACCAGCGCGGGUGGCUCCACUCGGGCAACCCGUCCGGCAACAUCAUGACGCUAUCCUCCUCCUCCGUCGACAUUUCCGAGCCCAGCCAGUCAUUCCAGCACGAUGCCGAGAUGGCCGCCUUCCUCUCCUCCCCGGCACACGCCCGCGGCUACGGCCAGGCUCGCAUCAACGAAGACCCGUCCGCCUCGUUCCUCCUCGACGGCUUCCCGCGCACAGCCCCGCAGGCCGACCGCCUCGACGAGAUCGUGCCCAUCAACCUGGCCGUGUCGAUCAAGACGCCGCUCUCGGUCAUCAUGGAGCGGAUAAACGGGCGGUGGGUGCACGAGCCGUCGGGGCGUGUGUACAACACGUCAUACAACGCGCCCAAGGUACCCGGCCGUGACGACAUCACGGGCGAGCCGCUCGAGCGCCGGUCCGACGACAGCGAAGAGGUGUACCGCGCGCGGUGGAAGAAGUUCCAGGAGACCAGCGAGCCGCUGCUGGAGCACUACGCUCGCAAGGGCGUGCUGUGGGAGGUGGAUGGCAUGAGCAGCGACGAGAUCACACCGAAGCUCCUAAGCGAAUUCGAGCGGCGGUUUGUUUGAUGGGGCUCGCGCCUCGGCAUAUUUAGAGCGCGGUAUACAGCUUGGGCGGCGUCUUGUACUACCCUCAACGGUGUAUAGAUGGUGGUGGAUUCCUGCUUAACGGGAGGGCGCAUGGCGUUUAUGGGACUGAGUCAUCUCGUCCUCGGGUUUUGGUUACAUCUGAACACUUUGUAGUGUCAGUAUAUGUAAUUCCUACUUCAUCCUUUUUUUCUCGAUAGCGAUACACUAUAUCUAUCAUAUUUACGACG